AGGAGAGCGGCCGGGCGGGACAUCCGGCCCAGGUCCCUCGCCGCGCUCGCGCGCUGCCCGCUGCCCGCCGACCGCUUCGGCGCCGCAUCCCGGGAGUGGGCCACCCCGCGCGCGCCGAGGGCCUCCAGCCAGCGCUGCUCUCCCGGAUCCCUUCCGGGCUCCGCGGGUCCAAGCCCUCGGGCCCGCCCCCAGCCCGAGCCCGCCUCCCGGACAGCCCUCGGAUCAGCCUGGCCCACGCAGGCCCCCGCCCCGAGAGCACGAUGUUCCCCCGCCCGCUGACCCCGCUGGCGGCCCCAAAUGGCGCCGAGCCCCUGGGCCGGGCGCUGAGGCGGGCGCCCCUGGGCAGGGCCCGGGCUGGGCUGGGCGGGCCGCCCCUCCUGCUGCCGUCCAUGCUGAUGUUCGCGGUGAUCGUGGCUUCCAGCGGGCUGCUGCUCAUGAUCGAGCGGGGCAUCCUGGCCGAGAUGAAGCCCCUUCCCCUGCACCCUCCCAAUCGCGAGGACGCGGUCUGGCGCGGGACAGUCCCCAGGCCUGGGAGGCUGUCCCUGGAUGCGGGGGACUCGGACCUGCAGGUGAGGCAGGACGUCCGGAACCGGACCUUGCGGGCAGUGUGCGGACAACCGGGCAUGCCCCGGGACCCCUGGGACUUGCCGGUGGGGCAGCGGCGCACCCUGCUGCGCCACAUCCUCGUGAGUGACCGCUACCGCUUCCUCUACUGCUAUGUGCCCAAGGUGGCCUGCUCCAACUGGAAGCGGGUUCUGAAGGUGCUGGCGGGAGUCCUGGACAACGUGGACGUCCGCCUCAAGAUGGACCACCGCAGCGACCUGGUGUUCCUGGCCGACCUGCGGCCUGACGAGAUUCGCUACCGCCUCCAGCACUACUUCAAGUUCCUGUUUGUGCGGGACCCCUUGGAGCGUCUUCUCUCUGCUUACCGCAACAAGUUUGGCGAGAUCCGAGAGUACCAGCAGCGCUACGGAGUUGAGAUCGUGAAGCGGUACAGGGCUGGAGCGGGGCCCAGCCCUGCGGGGGACGAUGUCACCUUCCCUGAGUUCCUGAGAUACCUGGCGGAUGAGGACCCCGAGCGCAUGAACGAGCAUUGGAUGCCCGUGUACCACCUGUGCCAGCCUUGUGCGGUGCGCUAUGACUUUGUGGGCUCCUAUGAGCGGCUGGAGGCAGAUGCCAACCAGGUGCUGGAGUGGGUGCGGGCACCGCCCCAUGUCCGAUUCCCAGCUCGCCAGGCCUGGUACAGGCCAGCCAGCCCCGAAAGCCUGCACUACCACCUGUGCAGUGCCCCACGGGCCCUGCUGCAGGACGUCCUGCCCAAGUAUAUCCUGGACUUCUCCCUCUUCGCCUACCCACUGCCUAAUGUCACCAGGGAGGCCUGUCACCAGUGACCAUGGGUGUGGGCCAGCAGUUUUGGGGGACUGGUUUUGACAAUGCCAGCUUCUGUGUUGCCAUACAGUGAAACCCUGGCUCCAGCGUUUCUCUUUGUCUAAAUGCCUAGCUGGAAAGGACUGCCCUUGGAAAUUCCUUGUCCAGGGCGGGUACCCACAGCGGCUCAGACGACAAGGUUGGACAGGUAGACUGAUGCUCUCCAUAGGGGCGUUUCUUGGGAGCCAGUGUGAUCCUUCUUGCCCUGGCAGGGCAAGAUACCAGUUUUUCUAGUGAAGCAAUACAUCUCUUCUCAAGACCGGCUCCACGGCCCUGCCUCCAGGGAUUUUACUGUCCACUUGAUCAACCUUAAUUUAACCCGUAGCCAAAACCCAGAGGUGGUGCCAACCAGGAGCAUGACCGGAGCUGGGGGCCAUGUGGCUGUGAUCUCCCGUUCAUCCACUUCAUGUGCCUUAGGGCUGGAGUCAGUUGUGCCUUAUAAAUGACUUCUGUAUCGUUCUGCUUCAGACCUAGAAUUUCCUAUGCUUGCCAGAUUCUUUCCAUUUUUUCCAAGGAAAGGAAAAUUGAAAGGGCCCCUGCCUGGUAGCUCCAGUACCUGGCCCUACAGCAUCCAAAGACCCCUGUGCCCAGCCUCUUCUUGGGACUCUGGGCACUUUCUCCCAUCCCCCAGGGUUGUGACUGUGGCUGGUGUAUGUGGCUGCCACUUUUCUGAUGCAUUUAUUUAAAAUUUGUACUUUUUUUUAUAGAACUUUGAGAAGGCUUUGUUUUCCUAAUAGCUGAAUUUUUUAAUAAAGCCAUUUUGUAUACAA